AUGGUUGAAGCGCAGAACAGAGCCGGGGCCAUCUCCUCCGAGGACUGGGCGCACACCAGCUACUCAACCGCCCACCGGCUACGCGAGGGACGUGACACCAGUGUGCGGGUGUGUGAGGACGGCCGUCUCGAUAUCAAUCUCUGCAUCCACCAACCAUGGAUACAACCCAUUGUGCGCCAUACGAAAGAACACCCGUACCCGCGAGACUCGGUGCACCGGUGCGCAUCCUUCACCCUGAAUCGAGGAGAGGAAUACCACCUGAUCAACUUGAAUAUCGUAAUACAAGUCGUCGGGUCGCGGGGCGACAUCCAGCCUUUUCUCGCGAUCGGAAAGCAGCUCAAAGCGCACGGCCACCGCGUCCGCCUCGCGACACAUCUCUCGUUCCGGGAGCCGGUUGAGAAGGAGGGGCUUGAGUUCUUUAACAUCGGAGGAGAUCCGGCGGAGCUUAUGGCGUUUAUGGUGAAGAAUCCAGGUCUCAUGCCGGAUCUGCGGACAAUACGGAGCGGCGCGAUCCGGAUGCGACGGAGAGAGAUGAAGGCGAUAUUUUCGGGAUGUUGGAGGUCGUGCUUUGAGACUGGCGAUGGGACUGGUAUCGAGCAUCAUAUCAAUGACAACCCGGAUCCAUUGAGCGGGCAGCAGGGCGUGGAUUACAGGAGCGUGCCGUUUGUUGCGGAUGUGAUUAUCGCCAAUCCUCCGAGUUUCGCGCAUCUCAGUUGUGCGGAGAAGCUGGGGGUCCCGUUGAAUAUGAUGUUUACCAUGCCUUGGUCCGCUACGCAGGCUUUCCCGCAUCCUCUGGCGAACGUGCAGUCGCAGCAUACGAAGCCAUCUGUCGCCAACUUUGCGUCGUAUGCGAUUGUGGAGAUCAUGAUGUGGGAAGGACUGGGAGAUUUGAUCAAUCGCUUUCGGAAACGAGAGCUCGGGCUGGACCCGUUGGACGCGAUUCGAGCCCCGAGCAUUGCGCACCGGCUGCAGAUUCCGUCCCCCGCCCUUCUCGAAAAACCUCUCGACUGGGGCAACAACAUCGAUGUUGUCGGCUUCUCUACACUCCCUACGGCACAAGAUUACAAACCCCCAGAGGACUUGGAUAAAUUCCUCAACUCUGGGCCUGCGCCAAUCUAUAUUGGCUUCGGCUCCAUUGUCGUUGACAAUCCUAAAGCGCUAACUGACAUCGUCUUCGAAGCGGUGCAGAAGGCUGGUGUCCGCGCGGUAAUCUCAAAAGGCUGGGGAAACAUCGGUGCCGAUAAGGCCGCGUCCGACUCGAUCAUGAUGAUAGACAAGUGCCCGCACGACUGGCUCUUCCAACAUGUCAGCUGUGUCGUACAUCACGGUGGCGCGGGCACAACGGCCGCGGGACUGACCCUUGGCAAGCCCACCGUCAUUGUACCCUUCUUCGGCGAUCAAAUGUUUUGGGGAUCGAUUGUUUCACGAGCUGGGGCCGGGCCCGAUCCAAUUCCUUACAAGAGGCUCGACGCCGAUAAGCUGGCCGAGGCAAUCCAAGUCGCGCUGAAAGACGAAACAAAGAAAAAGGCGGAAGAGAUCGGGGAGCAGAUGCGGUCUGAGCGCGGCGCUUGCAAUGCGGUAUGCAGCUUCUAUCGUCGUCUCGAUGUUAAGAGUCUACGGUGUUCCCUGUGCCCGCAUCGGCCCGCUGUGUGGUGGGUGAAGCACUCGCAUAUCAAGCUCAGUGCGUUCGCGGCGACCGUCCUCGUCGAAACGGGGCUCGUAAAGCCGCAUGAUCUUGUCCUGUAUCGCGCAAAAGAAUACGACACCAGCCGCAACCCGAGAGGCCCCCUCACCGCGGGCGCCGAAAUCCUGUACGGCGUCAUCACUGACUUUGUCGCUGCUAUGGCCGCUAUGCCCACAGAUAUGGUGGAGAUGUUCCGGGGGAAUCACCGACACGGCCGGAGACAUUCCAAAGGACAUUUUAGGCACGGGGGGAGAAAGCCACCCUCGCCGGUUCGCAAGUGGAAAAAGGAACAUUAUGGACAACGCCAUCUGGAGCGCGAAGCGGCAUCAAUCAAUGACAGUCAGAGUCAGAACCAAGGGCAUCGAAGCAGUUCUGAGGCUGAGAAGAGUACGGAUAGGACCGAGAAUGAUGCGGCGAGUAGCUCGGCCUCAUCGUCACUGACGUAUGCGUCCGCGAGAGAGGAAGCAUCGCACGCAUCUCAGACCAACGUCCCGAACACAAUCCCCUCUUCCAACCCUGGCGACGAUACUGAAAGUACUGGGGAUACUGACGUCGGAAUCGCCGCGCUCCCCGUCAUCUCCAAGGCCUCAACAAGUGAAGACAUCACGGACGACAUGCAAACUCUAAGUCUGGAAGCUACACUUCACCGGCAGCAAACACGGGACAAAUCAAUCGACACCCGCGAAGUGCUUACGGACGCUCGGUACCACAUCGUCCGGGCCGGGAAGCACAUCCUCGACUGGAUACUCUUACUUCCGACCGACCUGACGUUGAGCUUCUCGAAGGGGUUCCACAAUGCACCGAAACUUUAUCACGAUACUAUGGUGCAGGAGAUACCGACUGUGAGGGGUAUGAGAGGUGGGCUACGUGCUGCUGGGACGGAAUUCACCCAGGAACUGUACCAGGGUGUCACCGGUAUAGUGACUCAGCCUAAGCACGGUCGGAAAGAGUCCGGGACGAAAGGAAUGCUGAAAGGCGUGGGCAAGGGCGCCGGCGGUGUUGUUCUCAAGCCGAUUGCAGGACUUUGGGGUCUCGCCGGAUACCCACUUGAAGGACUACACAAGACGCUCCGGAACAGUUUAUCACGGAGCAAGAUCCGCGAUAUACUCUCUUCACGCAUUCAGCAAGGGAUGGGGGAAAUGGUCGCGGCAUCGCCGGAAGAACGCGCAGCGGUAAUUACACGAUGGAACGAAAUUCAUUCUCAGGGCGCGAACGCACAUACAUGA